AUGAGCUCCGCAGCACGGCCGCGAUGCUUCCUGGAUAUUGCGUUCGACGGGAAGCCUGUCGGCAGAAUCGAGGUGGAGCUCCGGCCGGACGUGGCGCCGAAGACGGUGGAGAACUUUGUCGGCUUGUGCAACGGCAUGAGCUCGGGGCUGGGCUAUAAGGGCCUGACGCUGCAUCGCAUCAUCCCCGGAUUUAUGGCGCAGGGCGGCAACUGCGGCAGUUCCAUUUUCGGCCAGCCGUUUCCGGACGAGAGCUUCGAGCUGAGGCACAAUGGCAGAGGCGUUCUCUCCAUGGCGAAUCGCGGCCCCAACACAAAUAACUGCCAGUUCUUCAUCUGCUUCACUGCUACGCCUCAUCUAGACGGCAAGCAUGUCGUCUUUGGAAAGGUGGUUUCAGGAAUGGAUGUUGUUGACAAACUGGAGUCAGUUGGUAGCGACAGUGGCAAGACGUCAGUGGAGACGUUCUCAGCAGAGGAGCUCGACGAGGCCACGAAUAACUACGCGCGCGAAAACUCGCUCGGUCGCGGCGGCUUCGGCACGGGCUACCGCGGAAAGCUCGCGGACGGUUCCCCUGUGCUUGUAAUGAAGCUGAACCCCGAUAACACCCGCCAAGCCGCGGAAAAAUUCACGCGCGAAGUGACCAACCUCACGCGCGCCGACCACCCGCAUCUGGUCAAGCUCCUCGGAUACAAUCCCGAGGCACGCUGUAUCGUGUACGAAUCCCUCCCGGCCGGGAGCCUCGAGGACCGUCUGCUGACGGAGGGUGGACGGAAAACGAUGAAGCAGAAGGACCGGCUGCGAAUCGCGGCGGAGGCGUCCGAAGCGCUGCUGUUCCUGCACCAUCUCGAGCCGCCGAUUCUCCACCAGGACGUGAAACCCGGAAACGUCAUGCUGAACGAGGAUCUCUCCUGUAAGGUCGGCGGAGUCGGUCUGGCGAAAUUUCUCCCCGCGAACGACUCGUCGAUUUGGGGAACUGUGGGGUAUAUCGAUCCGCUGCUGCUCCGCACCGGGAAAUACGGCCCGCAGUCGGAUCUGUACGGAUUAGGGUUGGUGAUCCUGCAGUUGCUGACGGGAGAAAAGGUGAAUAAGGUGCUGGAAUUUGCGAAAUUCGGGCUGGAGGGAAUUCUGGAUCAUUUGGAUAAGACGGUUCAGUGGAACCCGGAGAUUGUGAAGGAGGUUGCUGACGUGGCGCUCAAGUGUCGGGACAGGACGAACCGGCCGGAUUUAGAGACGGUGGUUCUGCCAAUGCUGAGGAAAUAUGUGGAACAGACCAAGGGGGAGAAGGAGGCGGAUGCUGCUCCGUCUGCUGGUGGUGGUGGUGGUGCUGGUAGUGGUGCUAAGGCGGUGAAGGGCGGAAGGGAGGAGGGGAGGGGAGGAGGGAAGGGAGGAGGGGAGAGGGGGAGGGGAAGGGAGGACGGGAAGGGAGGAGAGGAGAGGGGGAGGGGAAGGGAGGACGGGAAGGGAGGAGAGGAGAGGGGAGGGGAAGGAGGAGGGAGGAGGAGGGAGGAGGGGGAGAGGGGGAGGGGAAGGGAGGACGGGAAGGGAGGAGAGGAAAUGGAGGAGAGGAAUGGAGGAGGGGAAGGGAGGCGGUGA